CCCCCCCCCCAACCCCUGCUGCUGGACAUGCUCAGGGAGGGAAGGAGGCAAGUAUCCCUUCUACCGUACUACUAUCCUAUAAUUUCUCCACACACAAAAAGGUGAUCUAUUUUGUGUAAUUACAUGCUUACCCUUCAAAGCGGUAAACUCCUACUCUCUUUCUCCCUCUGUUCUUCUCUCUCGUUGCUUUGUAAGGUUCCCUUCUCAGUCACAGGCUCACACGAAGAGGCAAGAGACUAUCUCACUAGGCAUCAUCUAAUCUGCUGCUCUUGCUAAACGGCAUCGUAUAAGGUUCUGUUACAGAGAGCAAGUAUGCUGCCCCCAAAAAUUAAGAGGUUAACGAGGGAGUACUUGUACGGAAAGAACUUAGAAGGCAAACAACGGUUGCUCUAUGAGAAGAAGCGCAAGAUCAGGGAAGCUCUAGAAGGCUCUUUUGUACUUGUUUUCUUCAUUCCUAAGUUGGAGUUUUGUGUUAGGGUCAGUGAAUUGCCAACAAUUUUGGGACAUUUUGUUUUUUGCAGAGGGAAAACCAAUAGCUACUGAGCUUCGGAAUGAGGAAGCCACCCUUCGUCAAGAUAUCGAUUUGGAGGACGAAAACACUGCCGUCCCAAUGUCACAUAUUGAUGAUGAGUAUGUAAACACACAAAGAGACCCCAAAAUUUUGCUAACUACCUCCAGGGAUCCGAGUGCUUCACUGAUACAAUUUGCAAAGGAACUGAAACUUGUUUUUCCCAACGCACAACAAAUGAAUUGUGGUGGCCAGGUUAUUUCUGAAAUCAUUGAAACUUGCUGUGCACACGAUUUUACAGAUGUUGUGUUGGUUCAUGAGCAUCGUGGUGUACCAGAUGGCUUGAUUAUAAGCCACCUUCCUUUUGGUCCAACAGCUUAUUUUCAACUACUCAAUGUGGUUACAAGACAUGACAUUAAAGAUAAGAAAACCGUGGGAACGAUGCCUCAGGUUUAUCCACAUUUGAUUCUCAACAAUUUCACGACUAAGUCGGGUGAGAGGACAGCAAAUAUUUUAAAGCAUCUCUUUCCAGUGUCAAAGCCGGACACGAAACGCAUAAUCACUUUUGCCAAUCAGUCUUGACUGCAUUUCAUUCAGGUUUUGGCGACGAGGAGGAUUCUUUUCUGGGGCAAGAGUGAAAAUGGUCUCUAUCCUUUAAAAUUCUCACCAAACUCGUCUUUUCACAUUUUUCCAAAUCGUGUUGCUUUGCUAGGUCUUCGCGUUGAUAGUUCUGUGUGGCAUUCUCAUCUUGGUCAUCCAGCUUCUCCCACUUUGCAAUUUUUAAUUUCCCAUAAUAAGUUGCCAUUGUCUGGUACGAAAGUCCUUUGUAAUUAUGUUUGUCAUUCGUGUCCACUUGGUAAAAGUGUUAAAUUACCUUUUAGUUCUUCAAUGUCUGUUUCUACUUCACCAUUGGAACUUAUCCAUUCCGAUGUGUGGAGUUCCUCUAAUAAAUCUAUUUCUGGUUUUAGCUAUUAUGUUUUAUUUGUCGAUGAUUUUUCUAGAUAUUCUUGGAUUUUUCCCAUGAAAUUAAAAUAUGAAGUUCUCUCAUUUUGUCACAUUUAAAACUCUUGUUGAAAAUAUGUUCUCCACUAAAAUUAAAACCUGUCAAUCUGAUGGUGGUGGGGAAUAUACCAGUUAUCAAUUUAAACAGUUCUUUGAUAAUCAUGGCAUUUUUCAUCGUAAAUCUUGUCCUCACACUCCUGAACAGAAUGGUCUAGCAGAAUGCAAACACAAGCACAUAGUGGAUACAGGUCUUACCCUUUUGGCUCAUGCAUCAAUGCCUCCAUCCUAUUGGGUUGAGGCCAUGCAUACUGCAGUUUAUUUAAUUAAUCGACUUCCAACUAAAGUCCUAGGUUUUCAGUCAUCUUAUCAGAAGUUCAACCAUCUUUAGCCUGUCCUUUUCCAACACAAUCCUCUCCUGCUACUUUUCCCACUCUCUCUCCUCCAACCCAAUCCGAAAUGACCAGCCCAACCACUCCAAAAAGUACUCUCCGCACCUAUGUUCGAAAUCCACAUCGUCAAAUUGCUUUUUCUCCCCCAAUAACCUCUUCUAUCACCAACCUUGUGUCUGAACCACGUUUACCAAGUACAUCCUCUUCGUCUUUGCCCUUAGUGAGUGAUUCUACAACUCAUUCCAUGGUGACUCGUGCUAAGACUGGUAUUUAUAAACCUAAUCCUAAAUAUGCUAAUCAUGCCUUACUCGAUUCUCUUACUAAUGAAUCUGUUGAGCCAACAUCCUUUUCACAGGCUCAUAAGCUUCCUGAGUGGCGUUUGGCAAUGUCUGAUGAGUUUAAUGCACUUCUUCGUGCUGGAACUUGGGAUUUGGUCUCAUAUCAACGUCACAUGAAUGUUCUACCAAGUAAAUGGGUUUUUCGUAUAAAACGGAAUUCAGAUGGCUCCAUUCAGCGGUAUAAAGCACGUUUAGUGGCUAAUGGGUUUCAUCUACAAGAGGGCCUAGAUUAUGGGGAGACUUUUAGCCCCGUUGUGAAUAUUCAACUAUCUGUCUUGUGGUAGCUCUUUUUGUUCAGUUUCAUUGGCCCAUUCGUCAACUAGAUGUGCAAAAUUCAUUUCUUCAUGGAUAUCUUACUGAAGAGGUUUAUAUGCGCCAACCAGUUGGUUUUGUCGAUCCAACCCAUCCGCAUGAUAUGUGAAAGCUUCGUCGUUCUUUAUACGAUUUAAAACAGGCUCCGCGUGCUUGGUUUCAUUGUUUCUCUACUCAUCUUCUUCAAUUGGGCUUCCGGGCUUCGCUUGAUGACUUAUCUCUUUUUGUCUACAUUCAUGGCUCAGUUCGCAUUUAUCUUUUAAUUUAUGUUGAUGAUAUUUUGGUUACUGGUAAUGAUACUACUAGUAUCACUUCUUUGAUUUUGGAUUUGGGUCGUCUAUUCUCUAUGAAAGAUCUUGGGCCAGCUCACUAUUUUCUGGGUAUGGAAUUAACUCAAAAUUCUCACGGUUUAUCACUUACUCAAUCCAAGUAUAUUGUUGAUAUCCUUAAGCGUACAAAGAUGCAUGAAGCCAAACCAGUGUCGACGCCAGCUAUUUCAAGUAAACGUUUCAGCAUUACGGAUGGUGAUCCUCUUCCUAAUGCUAUUGAAUAUCGGAGUGUUGUUGGUGCCCUUCAGUACUUGACUCUCACUCGUCCUAAUAUUGCGUUUGCAGUCAACCAAGUUUGUCAGUUUAUGCAUCGUCCCACUACUAUUCAUUGAAUUGCCGUCAAACGCAUUCUUCGGUACCUCAAUGGCACAAUCACUCAUGGUUUGUUCUAUCAACCUAGUUCACUUCAUCCACUUGCUUACUCUGAUGCGGAUUAUGCGGGUGAUUCGGAUGAUCGACGGUCUAUUGGUGGGUAUUGUAUUUUUCUUGGUAACAACUUGAUUUCAUGGAGUUCGAAAAAGCAGCGUGGUGUCUCUCGUUCUAGUAAGAAGAAUCACGAACACCUUGAGAAGGGACUUGACUGAGAAUCCCUGAAGCUCCAUAUCGUUGUUGAAAAAAUCCAUCAUGACCAUUGAGAGAAAAACCACCACGACCA